AUGGCAAAGAAACUACUAGGGAAAAAGACGGGAGAAAAGAUAAAGGCUAAUCGUCCUGCAAGGGCAGAUUGGAAGGAAGGCGUCAAGAAGAAACAAGUUGGUGUUUCUGAUAUGACCUUGCUUACAAAAAUAACAAACGAAGCAAUUAAUGAAAAUUUACAAAAGAGAUGGCAAAAUGCCGAGAUUUAUACCUAUAUUGGCCAUGUGUUGAUCAGUGUAAACCCUUUUAGAGACUUGGGUAUCUAUACAGACGACGUUUUGAAUAGCUAUAAAGGAAAGAAUCUCCUAGAGAUGCCCCCUCAUGUUUUCGCUAUUGCUGAAUCUGCCUAUCACCAUAUGAAUAGCUAUAAAGAAAACCAAUGUAUCAUCAUUAGUGGUGAAUCAGGUGCGGGAAAAACAGAAGCUGCCAAGAGAAUUAUGCAAUAUAUCGCCGCUGUCUCCGGAGAUGGUCAUAAUUCUUCUAUUAAAGAAAUUAAGGAAAUGGUUUUGGCUACAAAUCCAUUGUUGGAAAGUUUUGGUUGCGCAAAGACAUUAAGAAAUGAUAAUUCUAGUCGUCAUGGUAAAUAUUUAGAAAUUCAAUUUAAUACUCAAGGUGAACCAGUGGGUGCGAUCAUUACAAAUUAUUUACUGGAAAAGAACCGUGUUGUUGGUCAAAUAGAAAAUGAAAGAAACUUUCAUAUAUUUUAUCAGUUAACCAAAGCAGCUCCCUCUGACUAUCAACAAACAUUUGGUAUUCAGGGACCUGAAAGUUUCCUUUACACCAGCAAGAGUAACUGCUUGGAUGUUCCUGGUAUCGAUGAUGUCCAGGAUUUUCAAGCCACUUUGAAUGCAAUGAGCAUCAUUGGAUUACAAAAAGAAGAACAAGAUGGGAUAUUCAAGAUCUUAGCUAUCAUCCUUUGGUUGGGUAAUGUUGUUUUCGUAGAGGAUGAUAAUGGAAAUGCAGCUAUCUCAGAUAUGGAUGUGGCAAACUUUAUUGCUUAUUUGAUGGAAGUAGAUAGUGAAGCAUUGGCAAAGGCCUUAACGAGUCGUGUCAUGGAAACACAAAGAGGGGGUAGAAGAGGAAGUGUAUACGAGGUACCAUUGAACAUUGUACAAGCGACAGCUGUUCGUGAUGCACUCUCCAAAGCCUUAUACGAGAGAUUGUUCGAGUGGAUCGUUACUCGUGUCAACGUGUCAUUGCAAGCAAGAAGCGCUCAUCAGUAUACUAUUGGAGUCUUGGAUAUUUACGGUUUUGAAAUUUUUGAAGAAAACAGCUUUGAACAAAUGUGUAUCAACUACGUCAACGAAAAGUUACAGCAAAUCUUUAUUGAACUCACAUUAAAAGCUGAACAAGAGGAAUAUGUGCGUGAACAGAUUCAGUGGACACCCAUCAAGUUCUUCAACAAUAAAAUUGUGUGUGAUCUGAUUGAAGAAAAGCGACCACCAGGAAUUUUUGCUGCCCUGAACGAUGCCUGUGCAACUGCUCAUGCUGAUUCUGGUGCAGCCGAUAACUCAUUUGUUCAACGUCUUGGCUUUUUAUCAUCCAAUCCACACUUUGAAUCCAGAGGAUCCAAGUUCUUAAUUCGUCAUUAUGCUGGUGAUGUGCUUUACAAUGUGGAAGGAAUGACCGAUAAAAACAAGGAUUCACUUUUGAAGGACUUGUUGAACUUGGCUACCGGAUCCACUGAUCAGUUCAUCUCACAUACGCUCUUCCCCGAACGCAUCGAUCCUAACUCAAAGAAGAGGCCUCCAACAGCAGGCGACAAGAUUAAACUUUCAUGUAAUACCCUGGUCACCAAAUUGAUGCAAUGUCACCCAAGUUAUAUUCGUACGAUCAAGCCAAAUGACAACCGUAGCUCAUCAGAGUACGAUGAUAAACGAGUUCUUCAUCAGAUUCAGUAUCUCGGUCUAUGUGAAAAUAUUCGAGUGAGAAGAGCUGGUUUUGCGUAUAGAACUACCUUCGAAAAGUUUGUGGAGCGAUUUUACUUGUUAUGUCCGACAACAGGUUAUGCAGGCGAAUACAUUUGGAAUAGAGACGCUAGAAGCGGCUGUUUAGAAAUCUUGAAGCACAACAAUAUUCCUGCUGAAGAAUGGCAGUUGGGUACAACUAAGGUGUUCAUUAGACAUCCAGAAACUAUUUUUGCUCUGGAGAACCUUCGUGAUAAGUAUUGGCACAACAUGGCUACACGUAUUCAGCGUGCUUGGAGAGCCUACGUACGAUACAAGAUUGAGUGUGCAAAGAAGAUUCAACGUUUCUGGAGACAGAACAAGUAUAAUAUCGGAUAUCUUCAAAUGAGAGAAUAUGGUCAUCAGAUUUUAGGUGGACAGAAAGAGAGACGUCGAUAUUCCCUUGUCAGCAUGAGACGAUUCACUGGAGAUUACCUCGAUAUUCAGUCAGGCUCAGGAUUAUCCACCAUGAUCAGAGAUGCAAUUGCUUUCAAGCCAAAUGAACAAGUUGUCUUUAGUAUGCGAGGCAACACGCUUGUGCCAAGAGCAAUGCGAUCAAGUGUUCCCAGUCCUAGAACAAUUGUCCUUACAAAUCAAAACCUGCAUGUCAUCAUCGCAACAAAGAACGGAAAGGUGCUGUCUAUGGUUGAUGAAAAGAUUGUGUCCUUAAACGUGAUCAACAGCAUCAGUGUGUCUACCCUUCAGGACGACUGGGUGAUUUUACAUAUUGACUCCUCUCCUGACGGAGAUCUUAUUUUACAAUGUGCCUUCAAGACAGAAUUGUUGGCUCAUAUAUGUCAACAGACAGGAGGACGUGUAAAAGUAUCUGUACUUGCCCAAAUUCCAUACAAGAAAAAGGGCGGAAAGUCUGUCACGAUGAAAUUUGUCAAGGACGAGUCUGCUAAAGGAGAUGGUGUUUACAAGAGUCAUGUUGUUAAGAUAUGCUCUGGUGAACCGCCUUCAAGCCAAUCUGCUCCUCCUUGUGCUGUUAAACAAACAACCACAAAGAAAGCAGUCACUGCACCCAAGAAGAUAAACAACACACCUAGACCAGCUGCUCAUCAUCCUAUUGCAGCAAAUACGAGCAGCAUUCGUUCUGCACCCCCACCACCACCUCCUCCUACUGCUUCAGUUGCAGCCCCUGCUCCUCCCGCACCUCCCGCACCCCCUACUACACCCAGUUUACCUCAAUACAAAGCCAUAUAUCCCUUCAAAUCAGAAGAACAAGGAGAGAUUGCUUUUGAAAAGGGCGAUCUAUUGGAAAUAGUAGAAAAAGAUGAAAAUGGUUGGUGGUUGGCUAAAAAAGAUGGCAUCGAAGGUUGGGUUCCAAGCAAUUAUCUCGAAGAAUACGUUGCACCUAAAGCCGCUUCUCCUCCCCCACCACCACCAGCAAGACGGGCAGCACCUCUUCCACCUAAGGCAAUUAAUAACAACAACAAUACAGUAUCGACGCCUGCGCCCAUACCAAGCACAAAUGGUGUUCCUGCUUGGAAAGCAGAAUUGGAAGCGCGUAAAGCAAACGCGCCUGUGCCCGCGACUAGACGCGCGCCUCCUGCACCUGGACCAAAACCUGCUGUUCCCGUUAAACCUAGCACUAUGAAUAAGCCUGUUGUCCCAGCACGUCCAGGCGGCGUGCCCACUCCCGCACCACGCGCUCCUCCUCGUCCUGGAGCUGCAGGAGCCGCGCCUUCUAGUGCUGCUGCUUCUUUAGCUGAUGCUCUUCGUGCACGUAGAAAUCAAGCAACAGCAACUCAUCAUGAUGAAGACGAUGAUGAUGAUUGGUAG